UAGGCACCCGGGGCGGAUCUGUCAGACUGAUCUACUGCGCAUGUGCCCGGAUCCCUGAAAGCCAGUGUGACCAAACGACUCGUGGAAAAUGUAGCGCUGGAAGCUGUAAACAAAAAUAACACCACAUUUGAAGAUGACAGUUCCGAGGGAUAUCAAAUUCUGUUUUCCCAAUCUGACUAUAUCAGUUAUGCCUUCACUAUGCGGGGACGGGCCGCUGGACGCUUGACUUCAGAAGCUAACUAGCUACUUCGAGGGGUUGCAAGUUAACGUUGCAUGCUGGAUAUCGGUUGUUGUCCACAGAAAAGCACGUUAGCCACUGGGUUUGCUCUGGAGACGUUAAAGGGAACUGCGUUGACCGCAAGCUAGCAAGUUGUUGGUUCCAUAGCAUGCUAACUGCUAUGGCUCGGAUACAAGGAAAUGGUGUCCAGGCGGUCGAUGCCAGAAGCUUUCGCGGCACCACGGAGAGCCUGGCCAACCCUGAGGAUACCUCCUUCGGUUCAGAAUCCGAAGUCAACGGCUUUGCUGCCCCCGAAAGGGAAACCGACAAAUACGGAUUUAUCGGAGGGGCGCAACAGAGCAGCAGCGAGUCGGCUGAGGACGUCCCACCGGAGGUGCUGAGACAGCGGGAGGUCAAGUGGCUGGACAUGCUCAACCACUGGGACAAGUGGAUGGCCAAGAGACACAAGAAGGUGAAGCUGAGGUGUCAGAAGGGCAUCCCGCCCUCUCUGCGGGGCCGGGCGUGGCUCUACCUGUCCGGGGGGAAGGUGAAGAGGGAGCAGAACCAGGGGAAGUUCCAGGAGCUGGACAGCCAGGCCGGAGAUCCUAAGUGGGUGGACGUGAUUGAGAGGGACCUACACAGGCAGUUCCCCUUCCACGAGAUGUUCAUGGCACGCGGGGGAUACGGGCAGAAGGAUCUGUUCAGCGAUGCUUUCUGGGGUUUGGUCCAGAUCUGUGAGAAGUACUUACCAGGAUACUACAGCGCAGGCCUGGAGGCGAUCCAGCUGGACGGGGAGAUUCUGUUCGCCCUGCUGCGGCGCGUCUCUCCCCUGGCCUACCGCCACCUGAAGAAGCACAAGAUGGACCCCAUCCUGUACAUGACCGAGUGGUUCAUGUGCGCCUUCUCCCGCACCCUGCCCUGGGCCUCCGUGCUGCGUGUGUGGGACAUGUUCCUGUGUGAGGGUGUAAAGAUCAUAUUCCGGGUGGGCCUGGUGCUGCUGAAAUGCAUGCUGGGAUCUCAGGAGAAGCUGAAGAAGUGCCCGGGCCAGUACGAGACCAUGGAGCUGCUCCGAGCCAUCCAGCCGCGCUACAUGCAGGAGAGCUUCCUGGUCCGAGAGGUGCUGGAGCUGACCGUGUCGGAGCGGGACAUCGAGAAGGAGCACCACGCCCAGCUGCGGCGCUGGAAGGAGACGCACGGCGAGCUCCGCUGCAAGUCCCCUCCCAGGAUGCACGGCGCCCGCGCCAUCAUGGUCGCUGAGCCGCCCAGCCGGCAGGACCUCAAGCAGAAGCCUACCAUCGUUGUGGACUCGCCCCUCGCCCCCUCCUCCUCAUCCCGGCCUGGCGGGAGGGGGGCGGGGGCGGGGCAGGAGGAGGACGCGGCGAGGGGGAGGGGCCGGCCGACGGGGAAGGAGGGGCCGGCCAAUCCUAACCUCCUACCCAGCGACCCCCGCCCCCUCGUCAAGGACACGCCCCUCCACGGCUCCGCCCAGAGCGUCAGCAGCACGGAGCACGACACCUACCUGUAGCUCGCCCUCUUGUGGCGGGAGAGGGGAAGCGUGGCCAGGAUUGGUGGAGAGAGGCCAGGAGCGAAUGACUGCUGAUGAUGACUGUCUCGGAAACCUGGGGCAGCCUCCCGCACAGCCCCGCCUCUCCCCAUUGUGACAUCAGCAGAUUUCUGUAGCUCCUCCCACAUGACCUUUUGCCCCCUGCAGUGCCAGACCCAGACAGUUUACACGUUGAGACCCCCCCUCGCCCCCCCUCGCCCCCAACCCUCAAAGCCAAGCCCCUGUCUGAAGAGUUUUUAUUUUUUAUUUGUGUUUUUAUAUCAUACUACAAUAGUCUGUGCGGUUUCUAAACUAAAGGCCAGUGUGAAAUCCCGUACACACAGGGAUUGUGGGUCGCCCUUUGUCCAAAUGUCCACCAAGCCGGGGAGACAUACCUGCACGGUUUCCUCUGGAGGGCUGUGGAAGUUCACCAAGCACUGAUCUGGGGUCAGCUGACUGAAUGCUCACCCUAACCCAAACCCUUGUGCAGAAACAGCUAAAGCUGAUCCCAGGUCAGGGCUGGAGGGCACUCCUCUCUGUCCAUUCAGGUCUUCCGGAUCAUUCCUUUUCAGGGACAUGGAAAGGUUUCUGAAAACAAGACUGUGUUGCUGAAACACUCUGCUAGUGUGCUGGCUGCCGUCUUUUAUUAGCUCAUUUUAUAAGUUUUCAUUUAUAUGGGAAGAACAGCCGCAGCCCUCUUUGAUUGUGACAUCAUAGAGGACCAGGGCCGGCAUGGAAUGCCAGAGACUAUGCAGCCGAUCAGCUGGGGGUGGGGUGGAGACGGCGGUGUUAGGAAGCCAUUUUAAGAGCCAGUUUUUUCUUUUUGUUUUGGUGCCAUUGAAUUGAUCUUAACUGACCUCCAUGGCUAAGGACCAACUCCACUUUCUGUAGUUCUGUAGUUUUUCUGUAGUACAAUUCUCCCUUCUGAGUGCCAACCAAUACCCAGCCCCACUUAGCUUCACCUUCUCAGAAGGCCAUUGGCCUUGGCUGCUCACUGCUGACCCCGCCCACUCCACUCGAACCACGGGCAUUCAGCCGAGCUUUCCCUCUGUACCGCCUCCGAUCAUUUCUGUUCUCUCAGAGAUCAGUGUUCUCCUCGUUAUUUGUUUACCGAGCGUACACUGUUCUCCAAAGCCAGUUACACACCCGCAUUUCUUAUAUAACUCCUAUUUAAACAGCUUGAUUUUUACUGAAGCAGUUGAGGUUAAGUACCUUUCCCAAGGGUUCAAUGGCACUGCCCCAUUUUGGAUUUGAACCUGCAGUCCCUGAGAUACAGACCCAACUCCAUAAGGUUGUCGUGGCCGAUUUCAUCUGAGUUAUUGGACGGCAGUGAGAGAUGUAAUGGAUAUUCCCGAGCAUCAGGGGGCGCUGUUUGACAAUAUUUCCCUCCAGUUAUAAACAUUCCUCUUCACUCAAGUGUGAGUUUCAACAGCAAAAACAUUCCUCUGCCUGACAAAAGCAUUCCUCAUUUAAAAUGACUGGGAAACCUUUCACAAAAUCAUGUGCCCAUGGUUCCUAAGUGAAGAGAAGCAGGACUGGAACAUGCUUUAUGGUCAAGCUGCAGAAAUGAUUGUUAGCCGAUGUCUGGCACACGUUUCAGAGUAGCCUUAACUUUCACACAUUCAGUGAGCACUUCCUGCUCCGCCCUCGGAGCAGUGAACAAACAGGAAACAAGCGCCUCCACGCAGCUACACCCCCCCUGGCCCUUCUCGCCCCUGGCCCUUUUGAAAGCCCCGUUUCCAAGUUUUAUCACAAAAUGGCCGCAGGGGUUGAGUGGCUGCUCUCCCCUGUGGGUUUGCGCCAGGAAAGCCACUUCUUUAGCAACAGCCUGAGCAACGGGAAGCUUCAGGACAAAUCUCACUUCUGUAUCAGAGCCGAUUUCUCUCAAUGAGAAGUGAACUUUCCAGACUGUAAUACUGGACAGAUCGGAAGAAAAUACAAUCAAAACAUUUCAGUUACAAAUAGCUGGGAGUGGCCGUUCGAAUUAGUUGACAAUGAGCACAAACAUGUUAAGAAUUGGCAUGAAAAGUAAUGUUUAACUACAACUGCAGGUCACACCAGUCACUAUGAUAUGUAGUGCCCUCAUGGGAGUUGUAGUUUAAUUAUUAAUUUGGUGUUUUAUUUUACGUUGAUUGCCUGAUUCCUUGAUGCAAAUCAACAAAUAACAAACAGACAAAUGCAGUUUUAAUUUUGUCGUGUCUCAUUUCAAAUUCAUGCAUUUGGUUAGAGAUCCAUUCUGGAAGUUUCUUAACUUCUGCUUGCCUAGCAUACAGCAGUGCAUUGAGUCUAUGCAGUGCAUCGUGGGAAAUGUAGUUCUGUAUGCCGUUACACUUAGCCCCCCAUGACUGUUCCAGGAUGAAGCAAGAAAGGGCACUAAGUGGAAAAUGAACCUUCCCAGGCUGUGUGUCUGCACUGGGAGUUCCUGGAAUAACAGACUGUGCUGUUAGAGACGCACAGAAAACAGGAAGUUUGACCUACAAGAAUGAUGAGGAGGAAUUUUGUAUGUGAAGUAGCCAACUGGCAUCUAGGACUUUCAAUCAUUUUUGUUUUUAUGUACAAAGUUAUUUUUUUCAAACCUGUAAAGAUUUACAUUCUUGUAUAUAACAUAAAGAUAACAGACUUAUGACACUAUAGAUUUAUAAAUUAAAUCUUUUGUAAAGCUUCAAAGUUUUUGUUUUUGGGCAGAAUGUAUAAGCUGUUUUUAUUUGUUUGUUUCUUGCUCACAGGAACGUUGACCAUUUCAAAGCUGUUAUAUGAAGGUUGUGUGCGGGGCGUCUUCACUAUCGAACGCUGUGGCCUGUCCCAUGUGUUGUCGUACUCUGCUGUGAGAGAAACUACAGUGACCAGCUUUCUUAAACCCUCACCAAGCAUGUACGCUUAUGAUUGGCUUAGCGCCGGCUUGCAUGUUCCAGUAUGUCCCAUUCUUAUUGGUGCUCCUCUAAGGUCACACAUAUAUAUAUACUCACACACAUAUAUACACACACCGGCCACUUUAUUAGAUAAACCGGUUCAACUGCUCAUUAACGCAAGUAUCUAAUCAGCCAAUCACAUGGCAGCAACUCAAUGCAUUUAAGCAUGUAGACAUGGUCAAGGCGAUCUGCUGAAGUUCAAACCAAGCAUCAGAAUGGGGAAGAAAGGUGAUUUAAGUGACUUUGAACGUGGCAUGGUUGUUGGUGCCAGACAGGCUGGUUUGAGUAUUUCAGAAACUGCUGAUCUACUGGGAUUUUAACGCACAACCAUCUCUAGUGUUUACAGAGAAUGGUCCGAAAAAGAAAAUAUCCAGUGAGCGGCAGUUCUUUGGUUUAAAAUGCCUUGUUGAUGGCAGAGGUCAGAUGAGAACGGCCAGACUGGUUUGAGCUGAUAGAAAGGCAACAGUAACUCAAAUAACCACUUGUUACAACCGAGGUAUGCAGAAGAGCAUCUCUGAACGCACAACACUUCGAACCUUGUAGCAGAUGGGCUAUAGCAGCAGAAGACCACACCGGGUGCCACUUCUGUCAGCUAAGAACAGGAAACUGAGGCUACAAUUGGCACGGGCUCAACAAAAUUGGACAAUAGAAGAUUGGAAAAACGUUGUACGUUGUGUGUAUAUAUAUAUAUAUAUUCCUCAGGGCUUUGUGCUGUCCUGUGAAGGAUUAAAACUGGCAACCCUCAGAUCCACAAGUGUGCAGUCCUGACCACUGCUCUGGUACCCAGACCACUACUCCACUCUAAUCACUGCUCCACUCUGCUACUCUAACCACUGACCUACUCUGCUACUCUAACCACUGACCUACUCUGCUACUCUAACCACUGCUCCACUCUGCUACUCUAACCACUGCUCCACUCUGCUACUCUAACCACUGCUCCACUCUGCUACUCUAACCACUGCUCCACUCUGCUACUCUAAUUACUGCUCUAUUGCUACUCGGACCAAAGUUCUUUACACUCACACACAUGUUCUCUGUUAGUUUUCUGGUGUUCAUGUAUUGAGUGUGCUCAGCAGAUACCCAUCGUUUUAAUGUUAAAACCGCUCGGACCGCAAGCAGUCCUGCAGCCAUUGGAGUGCCCCUCACUCCCGGGCCCUGGCCCUUUCUUCCAGGGAGCCGUCAGGAGCAGAAAAUGGCGGUAAUGUGCGACCGUACAAUAAGUUCACAAACUGCUCAGAUGGUCCCGUCUUUCCGCAAAGCCAACAUCAUGUUUUCUCUCUGAAAGUUUAAGAGCCCCUGCUGCAUGUGUUGAGAGACAGGAGGAUUGUUUUUUUUUGUUGUUGUUUUUUUAAUUCAAAAAGCUGUUAUCUAAUGCUGUAGAAAAAAAACACCUUUUACAGUGAAUAAAUUUGAUACUCUUCAAA